UUCUCCUCGGGCACUCGGGUUCGCGAACGAAACGGGUAAAGCUCAUUCUGAACGUUCGCGUGCGUUUCGUACGAUCGACACCAUGUCUUGGGUUCCGAGAGACUUGUCGCAAACGUGUGCCGUGUACACGACAGUGACGACUUGUUCCCCGUCUUCACUGCUCUUUUUGCAACUCAUAGCAGGACUCUUUGGCAGAUCGAGGGAUGAUAUUUUCUCGCAAAAUUCGGUGGAUUCCAACGAGAACGUCGAAAAUGAGUACGGUAGCUAUUUUAAGUGGAACCACGGAGCUCCAGGAUACGACGAUAGAGAAGAAUUCGAUUUUGUUGUUGUUGGAGCUGGAAGUGCAGGAUGCGUUGUAGCUAAUCGGUUAACAGAAGUUCCAGAAUGGAAUGUUUUACUUCUUGAAGCUGGUCCAGAAGAACAAGAUGUCAUCGAUGUUCCAGCUUUUGCUCCACUUUUACAAAUGUCCAGUGUCGAUUGGGGUUACACAACUCAGCCAUCGCCGCAUAGUUGUAGAGCUAGACCAAAUGGUGGAUGCCCGUGGGUUAGAGGAAGGGUAAUGGGAGGAUCAUCAUCGCUAAAUUAUUUGCUAUACAUGCGAGGUACACCGUUGGAUUACGACGAAUGGGCUGCGCAGGGAAAUCCGGGGUGGGAUUACAAAAGCGUACUUCCUUAUUUCAUUAAAUCCGAAGAUAAUCGCAAUAUUGAAAUAAUUAGAGCAGGAUAUCACGGAAUAGGUGGUUAUCAAACGGUCGAACAAUUUCCUUAUAGAGAUGCGAACGUAGAAAUUGUUACGGAGGGAUUUAGGGAAUUAGGAUUGGAAGAGAUGGAUUUGAACGCCGAUAGACAAGUUGGAGUAAUGAUUGCUCAACAUACUACAAGAGAUGGUGAACGUUUAACGACGAACGGGGCAUUUAUAAGACCAAUUAGAGGUAAAAGAAGGAAUUUAACUGUAAGAAUAAAUUCUCAGGCUACAAGAAUUCUAAUAGAUCCUGAAUCUAAAAUUGCGUAUGGAGUAGAAUACAUAAGAAAUGGAAAAGUAGAAACUGUAUAUGCUCGAAAAGAAGUUAUUUUAUCAUCGGGAUCAUUAAAUUCGCCAAAACUUCUUAUGUUAAGUGGUGUUGGACCUUCUGAACAUUUAAAUACGUUAGGGAUUAAUGUUAUUCAAGAUUUAUCAGUUGGAUAUAAUCUUCAUGAUCACACAACGAUCGAUGGAGUUGUUUUUGCUUUAACAAACAAGACAUCAACGGCAGUUGAUGAUCAGCAAAUGCGCGAAGAUGUGGAAUAUUACAGACAAACUCAUAGAGGACCUUUAUCAGCUACAGGACCUUUACAAGUUAACGCAAUGGUUCAAACAAAAUACGCAUCAGAAACACGACCAGAUAUUCAAUAUUCUUUGGAUGCCACGAAUGUUAACAACUUUUUCACCGACCCAAUUUUAACAGCAGAAACAACAAUAACCCCGAUUGCUUAUUACGAUGCGAUGAUGGUUAGACCAAUUCUCUUAGCACCAAAAUCACGUGGUGUUGUUAUGUUAAAUAAUUCUGAUCCAAUAUUUGGUCAACCGUUAAUUUUCGCAAACACUUUUAAAGAAAGAGUUGAUCUUUUGACGAUAAUCGAAGGAAUCAAGCAAAGUUUAAACCUUUUACGAACAGAGUCAUUUAGAAAAGCUGGGAUUCAACUUGUAGCCCAACAACUUCCAGCUUGUAGGAACUACGAGUUUGGUACGGAUUCUUAUUGGGCUUGUAUUGCCCAAGAAUACACAACCACAAUUUUCCAUCCCGUUGGAACUUGCAAAAUGGGACCGAAAAAUGAUAGAAGUGCUGUUGUCGAUCCAAAAUUAAGAGUUUAUGGUAUUGGUAACCUUAGAGUAAUUGAUGCUUCCAUUAUGCCGAUUAUUCCGAGAGGAAAUACAAAUGGCCCAACUAUUAUGAUUGGCGAAAAAGGAAGUGAUCUUAUUAAGGAUAGAUGGCUAAAAACUGGGGAUGUUAUAGCCACUCAGGUUCAAUACGCUGUUACUGAAACUUUAGAUAAAUUCCAAAAAUGAAAUUUUUUUGUUUGACGAUAUGGUGCUAAAAUUUAUGAAUUAAUUAAACAUUACUAAUAAUUGAAAAAUUAUACUGUAUAUAUUUGUAAAUCGUUAAGAAAUUAGCUUUAAAAGAUUGAUACCAUGUUACUAUAUUAACGAAUUAGCGUACGUCAUUUUAAGUUUAAUAAAUUAUUUUAAAU